AUGGCGGCACGCGUUGCGCCAUACUCGGAGACGGCGGGGCCAGCUCUUGAGACGUCUCAAAAGACGGCUGGGCCAGCUGUGCAAUCACCCGAUACAAAGCCGCCGCACCUCCAACCGAAGCGCGCUGUUGAAACUACCGAGACCGGCGGCGCGAAGGCGGGAGUGGCGAAGGCAGGCGGCCCAGCGGCGGACGCGUCGCUGGCGGCGCGGUUCGCGGCGGCCCGGUACAUGCCGGGAUUCGGCAAUCAAUUCGAGAGCGAGGCGCUGCCCGGCGCGCUCCCCGCGGGGCGCAACAACCCGCGCGUGUGUCCGUACGGGCUGUACGCGGAACAGCUCACGGGGACCGCGUUCACUGCCCCCCGCAAGGAAAAUCAGCGCAGCUGGUUGUACCGCAUUAAACCGUCCGUUACCCACCAGCCGUUCACCCCGUGCCCACCGCACCGCAGCAACCCCCUUCUCGUGAGCGACUUUUCUGCCGGCAGCUCUGCAAGCGAGGCAACACCGAACCAGCUGCGCUGGCGCGCCAUGCCUGUGCCGGGCCUGGAGGUUCGGCAGGUGGACUGGGUGCAGGGUCUGGUUACCGUGUGCGGGAGUGGCGGCGCCGCAGAUAAGACGGGCUUCGCCAUCCACAUGUACGCAGCCAACAGCAGCAUGGAGCGAUGUGCAUUCGCCAAUGCGGACGGGGAUAUGCUCAUCGUUCCGCAGCACGGCCGCGUGUGGAUCACAACGGAGUUUGGGCUGCUGGCAGUCCACCCGGGCGAGAUAGCAGUGCUGCAGCAGGGGGUGCGCUUCGCAGUGCAUCUGCCUGACGGCCCCUCCCGGGGCUACGUCUGCGAGGUGUAUGGAGGGCAUUUCCAGCUGCCAGAACUUGGACCAAUUGGUGCCAAUGGGCUGGCCAAUCCACGUGACUUCCAGACUCCCACCGCGUGGUUCGAGAAUGGCGCCGCUCCUGCUGGGUUGGAUGCGGUGCAGAACGGUGGAGCAGGGAUGGUGCAGAGCGGUGGAGGAGGGUACGUGGUGGUCCACAAGUUUGCAGGGCGGCUGUUUGAGGCGAGGCAGGACUUCUCACCCUUCAAUGUGGUGGCAUGGCAUGGCAAUUACGUUCCCUACAAGUACGAUCUGACUCGCUUCUGCCCCAUGAACGCCGUCGCAUUCGACCAUCCCGACCCCUCCAUCUUCACAGUGCUCACCUGCCCCACCACACGCCCAGGCGUGGCAGCAGUUGACUUUGUUCUCUUCCCCCCGCGCUGGGCUGUGGCGGAGGGCACGUUCCGCCCGCCCUACUUCCACCGCAACUGCAUGAGUGAAUUCAUGGGGCUUAUAACGGGGAUGUAUGAGGCCAAGGCGGAGGGCUUUGAGCCGGGGGGAGCGAGUCUGCACAGCUGCAUGACACCCCACGGCCCCGACACCGCCACCUUUGAGCGAGCCGUGGCAGAGGAGGGAGACAGCAAGCCGGAACAAGUCCACAAGGGGUCACUGGCGUUCAUGCUGGAGUCGUGCUUCACACCGCGCGUCACACACACCAUGCUCAACUCGCCUCUGCUGGAUGCCGAUUACUACCAGUGCUGGCAGGGCCUCCGCUCGCACUUCACGGGCCUGUCAACCUGA